AUGGCCAACAUUCUUGCUUUCCUCACUGUGUUUACCGCGACCGUGAACCAAACCGACGACCGCCAGCUCCAAACGGCCUCAUAUUUUUGCUGGAAGGCAACGCGGACACGCGGUGUUGGUCGUGUGCCGGAAUCGUGCGCCGCCGGACAAAAGCGCCUGGGUCUGCUGUGCUAUGACAGUCUGCUGUGCUAUGACAAGUGUCCAGUGGGCACGACCCGCAAAGGCCUCGACUGCCACUCGAUCUGCCCCGCUGGGCUCGCCGACCAAGGACUGUUUUGCCGCAACAGUGAAUACGGCCUGGGGGUUGGGUACCCAUGGAAGUUUGGCGACUCGCUCAACGACAGCGGCAUGUUCCAACGCUGCCAAAUGGACCACGGGCAGGACAAGUGCGAAAAAUGGGGGUUGGUUGUGUGCCCCAAGUGCUUGCCAGGCUACACUUUGGUUGGUUGA